AUUAGGGAAGCUGAGCGGUGCGUGAAUUCGUAGCGCGGGUGUGUAGCGAGAUCUUUUCAAAUAACCAAGCAGGGUGCGGGGAGGCCUCUCUUGUUUUGUUGUAUGUACAAAAAUCUCUCUCCGCUGCACGCUGGGCUGUAUCCAUUAGUGCUGUGCUGAGCGAGGAUAGGUAAAUGAAGUGUUCCUAUUGGUACAUGACAAGUACAUCUCUGUUGGAAGCGCAGCCUAAGACGUUGGCAAUACUAUGAUAUCAAAUACUUUACACAAAUGUGCAUUUGCCUAUACAAUUUACCAAACACUACCGUGCGCUAGUUAGCGUUAGCAACAAGGAUAUCUAAAUUUUAAUAGGUACCGAACAAAAAAAUCAUUAAAUAUUCUGCCUUUUUCAGAACAACAUGUCGCUGACAAAUUGUCAGACACUGUCACCAGCAAAGAGUCCACGAGUGCCCCGUUGGCCCACACGUCAAAGCAACUUACCACGAAAGAUACUUCGUCAGUACGAGAGUUUAACUCAAAAACUCGACGCUACAUAAAAAAGACGAAACAAAUCGCUGCAGAGAGUCUCGGUCAACCAGCAGCGGAAAGGCUCCAAAGUGCACAUGAAUAUGCAAGCCUAGAUAUUCUUCAGGAUUUUGAAAAACUUAACAAAAAGGCUAAGGCCUUUUUGUUAAUGCAACUGAGACUUGCAAGAAAAAACAAAAUGGCAAGAAAAUUUACUUUUCAAGACAAAUUAUUCGCGCUCGCGUUGAUGAAGCAAAGUCCCAAGGGAUAUAAAUUAUUAGAAAAUAUUUUUGCUUUACCGACGAAAAGAACAUUAGCACGUCUGUCGCAAAAAAUUGUAUUCGAAUGUGGAAUAAAUGAAAAAGUCUUUGAUCACAUUAAACAGAGCACGAAAAACUGGGAGACGUCAAAGAGAUUGUGUUCAUUGGUGUUUGAUGAAGUAGCAUUGACGCCACAUCUGAUAUACAACGAGAAUAAAGAUGUUAUAAACGGCUUCGAAGAAAUAGCGGGAGAACGCAAGCAAAAAUUUGCCGACCACGCUCUUGUCUUUAUGGUUAGAGGCAUUUGCUCAUCGUGGAGACAAAGCAUAGUCUAUUAUUUUUGUGCCGGAACUGUCUCUGCACCAGAUUUGGAAAGGAUAUUAAAAGAAAUCAUUCCAAGGCUUUCUGAGGCUGGCCUGAUACCUCUUGCCCUAGUGUGUGAUCAGGGUUCAACAUUCCGGUCAUGUUUUAAAAAUCUUCAAGCUACAACCGCUCGACUACAAACACCCGAAGAAAGACCAUGUGAUACAGUACAUGUAGCUGGACAUGAUUUAUUUAUAUUUCAUGACCCACCACAUUUAUUAAAAUCAAUCCGGAACAAUUUCCUGGACAAGGAUAUUAUCUUCAAUGGGAAAACGGCGUCGUGGAAGGACAUUUUAUAUGUGUACGACACGGAUAUGCAAGGCGGCCACACUAGAGCGCUACCGAGACUGACGGCAGAUCACGUAGACCCAAAGAAGAUAAAAAAGAUGAAAGUGAAAAUGGCGGCACAAGUUUUAAGCGCCCGAACUGCUGCAAUGCUGAAAUUUACCGACAGUGUUCACAAACGAGUGAAUAGUCCACAAGAGACGAUGGAGACGACAGCUGCGGUCGUCUUGUUUUUUGACGAGCUUUUUGACAGCGUCAAUGGAUCGCCAGGCCAAGGCAAAGGCAAACUCAGAUGUGCCGUCAAAGAAACUUCAAGCCAUAAGGAUUUUUGGCUAAAUGCUAUAAGAACAUUGCAAAGUAUGUCAUUUUUAGACCGUCACAGCAAACUGGCGAUACGUAAUGGCCAGCCAAGGCAUGUACGCGUUCCGUGCUUGGAAGGGUGGAUAACCACAUUAAAAAGUUUCCUUGGAUUGUCAAAAAUAUUAUUUUCUACAUACAAAGUAAAAUACUUUUACCCUCGUUUUGUCAAUCAGGAUCCGAUCGAAAACUUCUUUGGUCGUAUAAGAGCAAUUAAUUACAGAAAUGUAAAUCCCGACGCAAACACUUUUAUAUAUUCUUUUAAAUCUAUAGUCCUCUCAAAUAUCUUGGCUCCACAGUCCACAUCAAUGAACUGUGAAGACGAUGACGGCGAAACCCUAAUUAAUUUAGGUAAUCUGUUCUUGACAACAUCACCUCAGGAUGAGAAAGAAAACUGGCCCAGAAAUUUAAAUACGCCGUCAUCGUCUUCAGUCCCCUUGUCCCAUCAGGACAAAAUUAAUUAUAGAGAAAUUGUAACUGAAAGAAUGAACGUCCAAACGUCCGCGUAUACGGCGGGAUACAUAUGCCGAAAAAUAACAAAAAAAGCAAACUGUAAUGAAUGUGCAAAAAGUUAUACAACAGAAGAAAAGCAAGGGAUCCAUGAAUACAUUAAACAUAGGGAGUACAAGAGAUUGAAAAAUGCCAAUUUGAAUUACCCAAAUUCGAGAAUAGUAUGUUUGUAUAGGGAAUGUGCCCAAAUAAUACACAAUUAUUUAAACGCGGCAUGCCAUUCAAAUAAUAUUAAAAAGAAUAUUAUUGCUUUAAUAAAAUCACGCUGCGACUUGUCUUGGCUGGGGUGCAAAAGUCAUAAAAUAUUAAUAAAAAAAUAUUUUAUGACUUUAAUAAUACGAUUGCAGGUACACAACUGGUGUAAUAUCAUCAACAGAAUUUUAAACGGCAAAAUUGAAGAAAAAUAUAUUUUAAAAAUGCAUACUUUGCAUGUUACUGCUUAUAAAAAGUACAAAGCGCAUCGUUUGCGACAAAAAGCAACAAAAGAUUGAAAAUAAAUAUUGUAUAAACACAUUCCUUCUCUAGUUUUAUUUUUAUUCUCCUUUUUGAAAGUAUUUUUUAAAGACCCUCCUGUCAUUCAUCGUAUUUUUUAUCGUAGUCACAACACUAAAGAAUAUCGAUAUCGAUAAGUUCCAUUCUUGAAAUCCCUAGUCUAGUCUGUCAAAUAAGUGCCACAGAUUAGAAAAGUUAACAGCGCCACAACUGCAGUAAAGGGAACUAACACAAGGGCACUGUCCCAUCUGUAGCUAGCUACAUAUUAUUAAUCUGUGAGUCUUUCUCCCCGUAUUUCACUGGAAAGCUACAUAUAAAAAUGAAUUUACUACCUAAAAGCCACAAGGAAUUCUGUGAGAAAGAUUACUGGAAUAAGUUUUUUAAGAAACGCGGCAACAAAGCAUUUGAAUGGUAUGGCGAGUACCUAGAACUGUGUUCACACCUGCACAAGUACAUGAAACAGACUGAUAACAUUCUUAUAACCGGAUGUGGUAACUCGAGUCUCAGUGCUGAUCUUUACGAUGUUGGGUUCACAAACAUUACCAACAUUGACGUCUCAGAAGUCGUUAUAAAGCAAAUGAACAACAUCCACGCACAGAGAACUAAGAUGAAAUACCUUUGCAUGGAUGCACUGAACACUACUUUUCAAAAUGAGGAGUUUAAUGUUGUUUUAGAUAAGGGAACCCUAGACGCGCUCAUGCCUGAUGAUUCUAAAGAAACAAAUGAGACCAUAGACAAGUACUUUAGCGAGAUAAAAAGAGUUUUGAAGCUUGGAGGUCGAUUUGUUUGUAUAUCUUUGCUGCAAAGUCACAUUUUAAAUAAGUUGCUGGCAACUUUCUGUGAUAAAUCCUGGAUGUUUAGGGUUGUGAGAUGCCAUGAGGCGGAGGAGAAAAAUGCAGAAAAUGGAGAUGGAACCACUUUGCCUGUAUUUGUUGUAAUUGUUACAAAGUUUAAGGCAAUGCCACAAUUGAUAGCAGAGGUAUGCCUGGCCGGAGACAAGAUGCUGCGCCUAAAGACGGCUGAGGAGCUCCGGGAGUGCAUCAAAUCUGUACAGGACACAGCAUUUGUGACCAAUGGUCUAGCCAAAACUAGCCUUGAUGAUGAAGAGGUGUCUCUGGACCUGAUGCAGCCCGGCAACGACUCCCCGCGUUACACUCUCUACGUGGUCGACCAGAAGCGAUCCCAGGCCGUCAACAAAUAUGCCGUGUUCAUCGUCCCGCAGGGCAGGGAAUCCGACUGGCUCUUUGGAACCCCUGCAGGUCGGCGUCAACUCCAAGACUCGGCCCGCUUCGCGAGACUGGUGGUCGCCGUGUUGCGUCGCGGACAUACCUUCAGCAACCUCGACGCCGUUAAAGAAGAAUUAGCUCAUUCUGCUAAGAUGCUGAUACCGCAUGGUUUCAGUGGACAGAUCCCGUUCCUCUCGCUCGGCAGCGAUGUCGGCAGCCGCGUCACCGUCCACUCCGGCUCCUCCAAACUCUCCGGCGACUAUGUGAUAGAAGAUGUCGACAUAGACGGCGUCCCGUACCGCCGGCUCGUGUUCAUGGACAACCAGUUUCUGGUGCAGAGCGAGGCUAAGCUAAAAUCUAUGAAAAAGAAGAACAAAACCAAACUAGUGGUCGACUUCGGCCACAUCUCCUCCUACCACUCCUUCAUGUGCGUCGGCGCCUACCUCAACCCCCCCAAAAUGGCCGUCUUCGGCCUCGGAGGGGGGGGACUGUGCAUGUUCUUAAGAAAGUGCUUCGGAAACGAAGUGACCGCCGUGGAGAUUGACCCGAGCAUGCUGGAGAUCGCGAAGGAUCAUUUUGAGCUGAAGCUGGAUGAAGGGAUGAAGGUGGAAAUCAAAGAUGGCGUCGACUUUUUGAAGGACGAGGCUGAAAAAGGCGCCCAGUACUCAGUGGUGAUGUUUGACAUGGACAGCAAGGACAGGACGGUGGGCCUGUCAUGUCCGCCGAGACAGUUCCUACACGACGAGCAACUAGCGAGGGUCAAGCGAAUACUUACUAAUGACGGCCACUUCAUCCUCAAUCUCGUCUGCCGAGACAACGCACUUCACGACUCCAUCAUACAAACCCUCAGACAACACUUCACGCACCUCGUCACCGUGAAGCUAUACGAAGAGGUCAACGAAAUCGUCUUCGCGACCAAUGGCGAAGCGUACUCUAAUGAUAAGUUAGAGGAGGCAGCGAAAGGGUUGAAUGGUGUUUGCAGACAGAAAGGGUUAAAUAGGAUAAAGUGUGUGGAUUUGAAGGACUUUUUGCAGUCAAUUAGUAUAGUUUCCUAGUGUAUAAAACUAGAUGUCGCUAGUAGUACGUAAACUACAUUUACUUAAAUCAAAUUGUUAUUGUAAAUAUAAGUAUAAUUAAAAAAUCAAUGCAUUUAAUGCGGUUUUCUCUUUGUCAUGUCAUCCUUUAUUCCUGAAUCAGCGCUUCAAGCAUCUCUUCACCUUCACCGUAAAGUUAUACAAAGAAGUCAUCGAAAUCGUCUUCGCGACCAAUGGCGAACCGUACUCUAAUGAGAAGUUAGAGGAGGCAGCGAAAGGGUUGAAUGGUGUUUGCAGACAGAAAGGGUUAAAUAGGAUAAAGUGUGUGGAUUUGAAGGACUUUUUGCAGUCAAUUAGUAUAGUUUCCUAGUGUAUAAAACUAGAUGUCGCUAGUAGUACGUAAACUAC